UCCCGCCAGAUUUUUGAGUUUCGUUUCCAACCGCUUCUGCUGGUUCUUCCUCUCACGGCCUUUCUCCAAAGCUGAUUCUUCUUUCGGGGAGCAGAGAGCGCCAGCCAUGGACCCUCGGCGCGGAAAGGCGACGCGUACAGCUUCGAAGGCCGGAGCCGCGGUCCCCAAGGUUUCGGCGCGGAGUUCGAGAGGCGCCCGGACGGAACCUGGUGGGUCUCCAGCUGACCCCAACGCCGCCCGGCCCGGCGCGGGGAGCUGCGGCCCCGCCAGGAAGUCAGGAUCCCGGCAGAAGAAGAGCGACCCGGCCUCCACGGAGGGGACGCAGGUCCGCGCGCCGGGGUCCCGCGCCAAGACGGCCCCGAUGCGCGCCGGGGACCCGGCCAACGCUGCCGGGCCGGAGGAGCAGGCGGUUCCGGCGGAGGGGCCGGAGCCUCCCGCGGCCUCAGCGCCAGCCCUGCCCAGGGCUGGAUCUCGCCGCCGGGGGGGUGCGCGCUGCUCUGGGGAGCAGAGACCCCCGCCCAGGUCCGCGAGGGUGCCCAGCUGCGACGCGCCCGCUCCGGCCGCGGGUCCCCACCGCAGGGAGGCGGCGCCGGGGAGCGGGAAGCUGCGGGCGGUGCUGGAGACGUUGAGGUUGAGCCGCCCGGACACCUCGGCCGCGGCCGAGGUAGUGAACAGGGUCGUGGACCACCUGCUGCGGAGGCUGCAGAACUGCGAGUCUGAGUUCAAAGGUGUCGCGCUGCUGCGCACCGGGAGCUACUACGAGCAUGUGAAGAUUUCUGCACCCAAUGAAUUUGAUGUCAUGUUUAAACUGGAAGUCCCCAGAAUUCAACUAGAAGAAUAUCGCAACAGCGGUGCCUAUUACUUUGUGAAGUUCAAAAGAAAUCCGAGAGGAAAUCCUCUGAGUCAAUUUUUAGAAGGGGAAAUAUUAUCAGCUUCUAAGAUGCUGUUGAAGUUUAGGAAAAUCAUUAAGGAGGAAAUUAAAACUAUUGGAGAUGCAGAUAUCAUUGUGGAGAGGAAGAAACGCGGGAGCCCUGCUGUAACCCUUCUCAUUAGAAAACCUGAAGCAAUAUCUGUGGAUAUAAUCCUGGCUUUGGAAUCAAAAAGUAGCUGGCCUGCUAGCACCCAGGAAGGCAUGCCCAUCAACAACUGGCUUGGAGCAAAAGUUAAGGCCAACCUAAGACGACAGCCAUUUUACCUUGUACCCAAGCAUGCCAAGGAAGGAAAUGGUUUUCAAGAAGAAACAUGGCGGCUAUCCUUCUCUCAUAUUGAAAAGGACAUUUUGAGCAAUCAUGGAGAAGAUAAAAAAUGUUGUGAAAAAAGAGGAAUGAAAUGCUGCAGGAAAGAUUGCUUAAAACUAAUGAAAUACCUUUUAGAACAGCUGAAAAAAAAGUUUGAGAACCGAAAAGAACUGGAUAAAUUCUGUUCUUACCAUGUGAAAACUGCCUUCUUCCACGUUUGUACCCGGGACCCUGAUGACAGUCAGUGGUGCUCCAAAGAUCUGGAGUUCCGCUUUGAUGACUGCGUGGCAUACUUUCUUCAGUGCCUCAGGACAGAACAACUUGUGCAUUAUUUUAUUCCUACAGUCAAUCUAUUCUCUCAGGACCAAAUUGACAAAACAAGUAAAGAAUUUCUGUCAAAGCAAAUUGAAUAUGAAAGAAACAAUGGAUUUCCAGUUUUUGAUGAAUUUUGAGAGUAUGUUUUUAAAAAGUCAAGAAUAAUAGAGUGUUUCAAAUUUGUCAUAGCAAUGGUUGACUAAAAUGAAUGUAAAUAAUUAUUCAGUUCCCAGUUUGUUGUAAUAAACUCUAAUCAGUAUUCUAGGAAAGAGUAUUCAAGGAAUAAGAAGCAAAAGGAAUAUUUGAAAUCUAAAAAGAUUACCAGAUAGGAAUGAAAAAAGGAUAAAAUGCAUAUCACCUUAAUUAAAUUUAUCAAGUACUUAUUGAACAGCAGCUCUUACCUAGCUAGCACAGGUGUAUGGAAGGCUGUGAGAAACAAUAUUAGAAAUGAUCCUUGCCUCCAUAAAACCAGUAAGCUUUGUUCAACAUACAGCUAUAUUUGG